GAGGAAUAGGACAGAAGGAGGAGGAGAGAGAGGGUAGGAUGGAAGAAUCUCACUUCAAUUCUUCCCCAUACUUCUGGCCAGAAGUUCCCACAGUCUCAGGACAAAUAGAAAACACGAUGUUCAUCAACAAGAUGAAGGAUCAGCUGCUACCAGAGAAAGGCUGUGGUCUGGUUCCACCUCACUACCCCACCUUGCUAAUGGUGCCUGCCUCAGUACCCCUGCCAUCAGGCAUCAGCAUGGAUGCUGAUACCAAGCCAGAUCAGCUGACACUACAUAGCCAGGCUUCAGUCACCCAGAACAUCACUGUGGUGCCUGUGCCAUCCACAGGACUAAUGACUGCUGGUCUAGGUUUGGUGAUCACAUCCCCCUUGGGCUCUCUAGUGACUACAGCCUCCUCAGCUCAGACCUUCCCCAUCUCUGUUCCUAUGAUUGUGUCAUUCCUCCCCUCUAGCUCCCAAGCCCUGCAGGUGAUCCCUGACCUUUCCAAGAAGGUGGCAUCAGCUCUGGCAGAAGGAGGAGGUGGGGGAGGUGGGGGUGGUAGGGGUGGUGGCAAUGUGGCUUCCAAGCCUUCCCGGGGCCAAAAGAAGAAGAGGAUGCAGGAAUCAUGGCUGCCUGAGAUGAAUGACCCUUAUGUGGUCUCACCUGAGGAUGACAAAGACCGUCAGAAGGAUGGCAAGACCUACAGGAGCCAGGGAAAUUGUAGCACAGGAAAUGGACAGAGCCCUGGGCUCAUGGAUUCAGGCUCCACCACCAACUUGCUGUGUGACCCUGGGUGCCAGAUGUGUUUGCUGACCUUCUAUUCUAAGUUGGAUAUGCAAAUCCACUCCAAGUCACACACAGAGACCAAGCCCUACAAGUGCCCACACUGUUCCAAGACCCUCCCCAAUGGCUCCUAUUUGGCUCAGUACAUCUGUAUCUACUCAGGGGGCAAGCCCUGUACCUGUUCCUACUGCCAGAAGGCCUUCCACCAGCUCUCCCACCUUCAGCAGCACACAGGAAUCCAGACUGGAGAUAGACCAUACAAAUGUACACACCCAGGCUGUGAAAAAGCCUUUACUGGACUCUCCAACUUGCAGUCCCACAGACAGGAGUACAACAAAGACAAACUCUUCAAGUGCCACAACUGUCGUCGAGCAUAUACAGAUGCAGCCUCAUUAGAGGUGCACCCGUCUACACAUACAGUGAAGCAUGCUAAAGUGUAUACUUGUUCAAUCUGCAGUAGUGCAUACACAUUGGAGACAUAUCUGAUGAAACACAUGUGAAAAAAUAAUGCUCCAGACCUCCAGCAACAGCAGGUAUCAGCAGUAUCAGCAGCAGCUACAGCAGCAGGAGCAGCAGUGGCCCAAGCUCAGGCUCAGGCUCAAGCUUCCCAGGCCUUGCAGCAGCAGCAGCAGUAUCAACAACAACAGCUGCAGCAACAGCACUUCCCCCCCGGAGCAGUCCCCCAAGGUGGGGGAGGUAGGGACAGCAAUCCUAAGCCCUCACCCCAGUGUUCCUUUGACCUGACCUCUACAAGACAGCUGAGCACCAUCCAGGUGGAGCACCUGACCAGCUCCUAG